AUGUUUGCUCUCACACUGACCGCAGAGCUGUCGGGCGUAACGAAUCUGCGCCCUGACGAUACGCAGGACAACCCGUUCUGGUACAUGUUCAAGGUCCAGUGUACGUCUUGCAGAGAGACGCAUGACAACUAUGUUGGCGUGAAUCGAUUUGAAACAAAUGAGAUGAGUGGCAGCAGGGGUGAAGCCAACUUUGUCUGGAGAUGCAAAAACUGCAAGCGAGAGUCUUCUGCGACGAUCAAAACAGCUCCUGCAGCUUACGAACAGGCCGAGCCUCCCAAGGCGCAGAAGCUGUUUGAGUUUGACUGCAGAGGGUUGGAGUUUGUAGAGUUUAAGCCAGAGGGCGACUGGCUGGCUGAUGGAAUCGACUCGGGCACCAAGUUCACCGGCAUUGACCUGACAGAGGGGGAAUGGUUUGACUAUGACGAAAAGGCGGGCGAAGAGGUCAGCAUCAAGGAGCUGGUAUGGGAGAUUAAGAGAGCGUAA